CGGUACGAGCAUUUUGAGUGGGUCGUCAUGCCUUUCAGAUUCAUUGACGCCCCGUUGACUUUUCAAGCGCGAUGACUAACGAGUUUCGUGCAAUGCUAGACCCGUCCGUGCUGGUGUACUUGGAUGACAUCCUCGUCUAUAGCCGAACCUUGGAGGAACAUCUCGAGGAUCUCCGACGAGUGUUGGAGACGCUCCGUCGCGCCAAGUACAAAGCCAACCGCGACAAGUGUCAAUUCGUACGUCAAGAGUUGGAGUACUUGGGCCAUUUCGUCACUCCUCAAGGCAGCAGUGCAUUGUCGGAUAAGAUUCAAGCCAUCACAGAUUGGUCGGAGCCGCAGAACGUCACAGAUGUCCGUUCGUUCCUUAGCCUUAUCGGCUACUACCAACAUUUCAUCAAAGGGUACUCGAAGAUCGCGGCCCACUUAUCCAAGCUUCAAUUUGAGGACCGGUCAUUUGACUUCGGGACGGAUGCGCGGGAAUCAUUUUUGGCCCUUAAGGCCACAUUGCUAUCAGCGGAAGUCUUGCGAAUAUACGACCCGCUAUUGCCAACACGCGUCACUACGAAUGCGUCCGGCUAUGACACUAUUGUCGUCCUCGAACAACAUGAUGGCGUGGACAGGCACCCCGUCGAAUACUUCAGCAAGAAUGGGUCGGUCGUGCAUUCAAUCGAUGACGCACGCAAGAAGGAACUUCUCGCCUUCGUCCACGCACUCAAGCGGUGACGACACUUCCUCCUUGGUCAACACCAAUUCCGAUGGGUAACCGACAACAAUCCGUUGUUCUUUUACAAGACCCAAGACACCGU